AUGGCAGAAGACACCAAGACCCCAAUCCAGAACUACCAGACUGCUUCUUAUGACAGCUGCUUCCCCAACCAGAACCAGAUCAGGAACUGUUGGCAGAACUACCUGGACAUCCACAGCUGUGAGGAGGCAUCGCCAACUUUAUUGGUUGUUGCCUCCAUAUCUGAGUGCUAGUGGCAUGUGCACAAGGCCCUCUGCCUGUCCUGGGUGUGGGCCUGGGAUGACCUUGGAGCAGAAGGCACAUUUCCUGGGAAGACCUGA